UUGUGUUUUGAUUUCCCAUCCGGAGCUCUGAAGCGUUGCACACCAUCAUUCAAAACACGGAAGUAGUGCCUAGCAGAAAGUCAAUAGUCGCGUUUUCCCGUAUUUAUUUAUUUACAUGUGGAUCUAAUUUUCAUCUUUUAUCAUGGAUGACCAAGAGAUGCAACUCAAAGUCAGACGAGUGAGUGACAAGUUCACGGAGAGCAUGUACGUCCUGGCUAACGAACCGUCCGUGGCGCUGUACAGACUGCAGGAGCACGUUCGGAGAUCUCUGCCAGAGCUGGUGCAGCAUAAGACAGAUAUGCAGAGCUGGGAGGAACAAAGUCAAGGAGCCAUCUACUCAGUCGAAUAUGCAUGCAGUGCCGUAAGAAGCAUGGCCAACAGCAGCGUGUAUUUCAAAAACAUUGACAGCCUCCUGCGACAAGCCAUCAGCAUGAAGGAGCAAAUCAGCAGCUCUCAAGGACGCAGAAAAAGGACGGUGGAUCAUGUUAUGCCAAGGGAUGCCGGAGAGAAGCGCAGCUCUGGAAUGUGAUAACCCUUCCCUGCAUUUAGUCAUUUUGUGGUGCUUGAUUGAAGUGCGGUGGGAAAGGUCCUAAUCCCCUUCACCCUCGAGCCCUGCCCCUCCAAGCACAAGCUGCUCAGUGGAACAGAGUAGACCAGUGCUGCCAGGUUCGGCUUUAAAAAAAAACACUUAAGUCAUGGACGCCGCUCAAAGAGUGCAUUGUUCUCUUGAGCUCGUGGGACAAGAACAACAGUGCUCUUUGCUCGCUCUGCUGUUGACUUCCCUGCCGACAUUUUGCACAUUAGUUGGAAAGGACAUCCCCUGCUCUUGUUGUUGUUGUUUUUCGAUCACAGUUUGAUGCACACAUCAGUGCGACACAAUAUUGAUAUUGUAAUGUACUAUUACCGCUUGCUGUAUGGUAUCAAAACAUCAGCAUCAAAUAUCACUUGCAGCAAUGUGUCAUUAGCACUACGGCACAGUGUUGGUGCACUGUUGAAAUGUAUCAGUACUCGGUUAAAAAAAGUAAAUCAAUUAAUAGUGCGCUUUAAUAUUUGCUUAUUUUUUUUCAAGGUCCUCUUCCAUGUUGUUUUUGUCAAACAAGCAAUUUAUCGUGUAUUACACAUAUACAGUACAUAAAUGUCUUGGUCUCAGUAUGUGAGGCUUAUGCUAAAAUAAAAGCAAAUUGACCAGGAA